AUGGCAGGAGACAUGAGUGAUUUCUCAAGGGAAGCCACUGAUCUGACAACAGAUGGCGAGACACAGCUGCCGCUGCAGGCGGACAUGUCAAUAGAAGAAGGCCAGUUUUAUAUCAAUUGGGAAGCUAUUGCAGACCGCGAACCUGAUGAAUUACUCUCCUCACAAGUCUUGCCUGAAGUAUCAAAACUUUCUUUGGAAGAUACCAAAGGUCAAACCCCUAAGCGACGUGGAAGAGGAACAUUUUCAUAUAAGAAAGAUGAACUUUACAGUGAUCAAAUACCUGAUAAGUUAAUUAUUGAUACGCGAGAGGAUGAAGAUGUGUGCCAUAAUUUAGAGGGAGAUCCAAAAAUAAGAAAUUCAAAAUUUGGUACACAACAUGUUCUUGUUCUGGCUGACUUUCCACCAAGUACUACGACAAUAGAGUUGGAGAAGCUUUUUCAGGACUUUGGAGAUCGUGGAGUUGUUAUUCGCUGGGUCAAUGAUACAGUUGCACUAGCAGUUUUCCAAACACCAUCAAUUGCACUUGAAGCUCGUAAUUGCAUUCGAUGUGCAAUGAAAGUGCAAGUGCUUGAUGAGAAUGAUACCCUUUUGAGUUCAAUUUCACCCAAAGAUCUGGAACCGCCACGGCAAAGGCCACAGACAUCAGUAAGAACUGCCCAGAGGCUCAUUGCGCAUGGAAUGGGACUGAAACUGCCUUCCACAGCCUUUGGGUCCGAGGAUUUGAAGAAACAGGAAGAUGAUCGAAAAAGCCGCAUAGUCAUGAGGCAAAAGUUGAAAGAUGAUGCUUGGGGUACAGAUGAAAGCUAA